GACAUGAAAAUUUGAUGAAAACUUUUCUGAAAUCAGUAAUUUCUACGUGUUUGUUCUUUGGAACUACUUUAAUUGGUCACUAUAAUGGAUAAACAAGUUUCUGUGAGGAAUUUCCUCGUAGAGAUUAUGUCUCAACUGGUUUAUAACAUCGUCAACAAAGCAGACGAUUUUGUAAACUAUUCCGAUUUAUGUCAUAGAUUUAAGCAAAAAACAGGUUUUGAAAUGGAGGAAUUUUUAGACCUCUAUGGCAAUGAUGUCAGUGAAGAUGAUUUGAUGGACGUUAUACGCGAUAUUCCUGGCUUAAAAUUUGAUGAGGAUGAUGACAUAUAUGUCGUAGACGAUGGAAGUUCUUCUUGUUCACAUAGCAAGAAAUUAUCGCAACAUCGGGGGAAAAUUUUGAUUAGCUGUGCUAAAUUAUUGAUUUAUAAAGACGAGACGGACGAUAUAAAUGAAUGUUUUGAUGAAUCGAGGAACACUGCUCUUCAUAUCUUAAUGACAUUGCCAGGAAUUAGUGAUGAUCGUAAUUUGCUCGAAAAUCUAUUCAAGGCUGGGGUCAAUCCACUUGCUGUUAAUGAAAAGGGUAAAACCUUUUUGCAUGUUAUUUUUGGUGAAUGCUACUAUAAAAGCAUUGGCCAUAUUUUCUAUAAUAUUCCCAAACGAGCGUACGCAAAAUUGUUUGACAAAGAUCGAGAAGCUGUCCUUGAAUUUGUUACCGAUGAAUUAUCUACUGCCGACAUGGCGUCUUUAUGUAAAAUGCAAGAUGAAAAGGGUAAUACGGUGUUGCAUUAUUUUGCUUUAUCAACUUCCUUUGAGAUUUUAUCAGCUAUUGAAUCGACGACUUGCCGUAUGUUGAUGGAACUUGACGGAAAGCAAUGUUUAAGGAUUCCAAACAGACUCGGGAAUAUUCCCCUUCAUUACGCGUUCAAUCCAAGCAUAUUUAGUAUUUUUGCAGAGACACAGAAUGCAAACUAUAUAGCAAGAAAUGAUGAUGGCGAAACUCCAGUAUUUUACAUUCUGAAAACAUCAGUUUCCCUUGCGUUUGCCCAAACGGAUGGAUUUAGGGAAUUACAACUUGAAGGACUCGUUGGGUACUCAUACACACGCGAUAUUACUACAGCAAACAAGCUGUUACAAAACCUGGAAAAUAUAAUCACCGUCAACAACGAAGCCAUGAAAACUGUCUGGAGUCCCGAUAACGAAGAUAACGUUGCCAUUGAUAUAAUAUUGAUUGCCAUCCGAAUAGCAUCAUAUUGUAUGAGAUUAAACAUGUCAGAUGUUUACGUGACUUUGACCGACAUACUGCACGUUAUUUUGUCCAAUGCAAGUAAAAAAGAUCUUCAAAGAAAAAACAUUCGUGGACAUAGUUUCUUUCAUCUUCUCCUAGACAUCAAAAAGAAUGUUAUCAAGGAAAGUUACAUUAUUCAGGCGAUUGAUAUUCUGCGACAGUACAACGUCGAUUAUGAUGGGGAUGGAUGUAGUGUAAAAGAUAAAAUUAACGGGUUUAAAGAAACAUCGCCAACACUUUACAAAAAGUGUGUUGAGCUAUUCUCGAAGAUCGAUGCUUCAAAUGACAACAACGACUCACCUUUAGCCAAAUGGCGAAAGUUACGAUCAUGUCCACCACGUCAUACUCUCAGUGCUAACCGUUUGAUGAAUGAAAACGGUCCAACGAUAACCGUUGUAGGCAAGUUUCGUUAUCUUCAUAAUGAGCCCAUUGGAUUCGGAGCAUUCAGUAACAUAUUUGUCGCAAUCAAAGAUGAAAACGUCGACAACAUAGCUGGUACCAUUCAGUGUAGGGCAUAUGCUUUGAAACGAAUCGAUAAAGCAAGGAUUAAUCCUGAAGAAAUCAAACGCGAAACGACUGCAUUGCUUUCUUUGUCUGGCAAAUGUGAGAAUAUCAUUAAGUAUCACGAUUCUCUGGAAGAUACAUUCUUUCAGUAUCUUGUCCUUGAUUUAAUGGAUGGUGAUCUUAAUGAAUUCGUUGGCAACAUAGAAGCCAACUCGGUUCUAAGGAACGAUCCAAGUCAAUGUGUAGAAGUAAUUAAACAGAUCAUCAGUGGAUUGGCAUUCCUGCAUCACAAUGGUUUCAUCCAUCGCGAUCUCAAACCUGGAAACAUCCUGUAUUCAACGGAGCAUCAUCUGCAUUUCAAAAUUGCAGACUUUGGACUUGCUAAAGAUAUCUCGGCUUUAUCGACCAUGACCUCGACACGUGGAAAUGCGGUUUUAAUGGUAGCUGGUAGUCGAUGCUGGAUGGCACCAGAAUUAGUCAGCAUGAAGUCAUUGAAGCACACCAAACAGUCAGAUAUCUUUUCUUUGGGUUUGAUUCUUCAUUAUUUGAUGUCAUUUGGGAAACAUCCUUUUGCUACUCCAGGCGACGAACGUCCUCACGUUGUUGAAAGGAACAUCGAAGAGAUGAACGGCAACCUUAAAAAUGAUCUUCAUCCCGAAGCGAAAAGUUUUCUUGGGGCAUUGUUGAAUGUACAGCCAUCGAGAAGAACACCAGCAGCGUAUCUCAAUCAACAUCCUUUCCUCUGGAGUGACCACAAGAAGAUGGAAUUUCUCAGAGCAGUUGGCGAUCAACCAGAAGCUAUAAAACCGGGUAACUUUUUGCUUUCGGAAAUUGAACAGUGUCUACAAAAAACACGAACCGGUCAAUCCUUUCAACUGAAACCAUGGAGUAAAGAAAUACCAAUGCUGUAUCAGGAAAUAAUUACUGCAUGGAAACAGAAAAACUACAGAACAAAUAAUGUGAUCGAUCUGGUAAGAUUCAUUCGUAAUGCUUACGCGCACAAACAAGAAAGAUCAAUGUGGUUUCAACAAGUGCUGGACAACAGCAUCUUUCUUCGAAAAUUUCCACGUCUUGUUCUCGAUGUGUUUGGUGUUGUACAACGAUUAGAACUUGAAUCUCGAAACACCAUUCAUUCAGCCUUAAGCUUGUGAUUGCAGAAAAUUGGUAAUUCGGGGAGGAGGGGGGAAUAGCUGACAUUCAUAAAUCAAUUUUAAGAGAAAUUUUAAAGUAGUAUUUUCUAUUUUUUGCUCGAGCUUCUCAUGUCAACGAUUUUUUUAUAUUAGGACAUUGUGUAAUCCCCCUCAUUUUCUUCCCCUCUCUAUCUUCCUCCCCUACAAAUAACCCCCCACUUGAAAGGUAUCAAAAAGAAAUAAACACACACGGGGUUGUAUUUAGGAAAUACGAGGUACACAUGUAUCAUCCAAAGAUUAAACAUCUCUGGAUGGUACAGGAUAUCCAUGUACCAUUCAGAGAUGAUUGCAACAUCCAGUCAUACAAGAAUUAUUCCAUUAUUUAAUUAAGAACUAUUCCAUCAUUAAAGAAUUACAUUUACAGUUUUGCCACAACAAACCUUUUAAACCUAAUUGACGAACAUGCUGCAUGUCUUUGUCCAUACUACUUGCCUGUCUUUCCACCGUUUGUGGUCGGAGAAAGUCCUACAGCUGUAGCUAGUAGAUGGAACGAAUGGCAAGAGUGCUUUGAAAAUUAUCGGGCAGCCAUGGACAUCAAAGACGCAACAAGAAAGCGAGCUAUGUUACUUCAUUUUGUAGGGAACGAUAUCUAUCAAAUCUUUCACAAGCUUGAGAAUACAGAAGAAGCAAAGGAGUACGACACGGCAAAAGCUAAACUAACAGAACAUUUCAAGCCACAACAAAACGUCGAAUACGAACGCUAUAAAUUUCGUCGUACUCAACAAAACGCUAAUGAAACGUUAGAUCAGUAUUACACUCGAUUAAAACAGCUUGCAACUACGUGCAGCUUUGCCUACGCCCCCGUUGAAAUCAAAUCCAAUAAGCACACGCUUUUCAUUGUGUUCAUUUCAUAAUAUAUUAUGAUGUAAAGACGUAAUUCGGGUGAGUAAAAGUAUCACAACCAUACUGAAAACAUAAGUUUCAUAGGGAUGCAGUAAAAACUCACCAAUCAUGAGCUUCACUGUUUCUGGGUUAAAAGCAGUCCAUGAACCUAAAAAUUAGGCAGGCAAUAAUUAAUUAGGCUAUAAUUUAUAACCUCAAAGAGUAUCAAAGUCUGUAAACUAGACCAAGAGGAAAAUAUGAGACUUCACAAAACACGAC